CACUCACAUGUAUUUGCUGUCUAAGAAGAGCCUCUGGUUGUCCGAUGGAUCCAUGGGAUUUGGGCAAGAAAGCGAUGUUGCUUUUGCAGAAGGGGACAUGAUUUAUGGUCGCGUCAUGGUGGACCCUGUCCAGAACCUUGGUGACUCCUUUUACUGCAGUAUUGAGAAGGUGUUCUUAUGCACAGGGGAUGAUGGCUAUGUGCCAAAGUACAGCCCAGAGAAUUCAGAAUAUGGCUGCCUGGCUGAUUCUCCUUCGCUUUUACAUAGAUUUAAAAUUGUGGAUAAGGCUCAGCCUGAGACGCAAGCUACCAGCUUUGGAGAUGUCUUGUUUAAUGCCAGACUGGCAGUGGAUGACCCUGAAGCCGUUCUCUUAGUGAAUCAGCCUGGAUCAGAUGGAUUUAGAGUAGACUCCACACCACUCUUUCAGGUUGCUUUGGGCAGAGAAUGGUAUAUACACACAAUCUACACGGUCAAGUCAAAGGACAACAGCCAUCGAGGUAUUGGCAAGAGGAGCCUGGAGUACCUGUACCACUCUGUGGUGCAUCAGGGACAUCCCCAAGCAACUACCAAGAGCUGGAAGAAGAGAGCAAUCAGAGCACACCCUCACUGGCACGGGAAAUCGGUGCUGAGAACAAUCGGGGGACAAAUCUCCAGCAUAUCUCCCUGGACCGUCGUGACAAGAGGCAGGUCCCCUAUGGAAGAAUUCCCUCCUGAUGGCAUCCUGCCCUGGGAGCUCAAUAGUCCCAGCUCUGAAGUCAGCCUUGUCACUGUCUUGGGAGGCGUUGUGGGGAUUGCUCAUUGUCUGCCUGGCUGUGGUUGCAGUCCUUGUGUGCAAGAACAAAAGCAUCAAGGGCAAGAAUGCUCCCCAGGGCUCUGGAAGCAGUGA